CGUCACAGAUUUGUCCUUCAGCCUCCCACUGCCAUACGUGGCAUUCUGUAAGUGCACUGGACACUUCUAUUUCAACACAAUUCCACAUGCUGCAGAAGACAGAUCAAAUGAGACAGUUUCUCACUUCAGAAGAAAGGAGGUUUGGAACAACUUGAGGGAUCCUAGAGGGCAGGGCCUAAAGUUUGAGUGCCCUCUCUCCCCAUGUGUACACCUCCUCUACCUCCUGUGCUCAGAUGAUGAGUGCCUCUUACUGAAGACUGACGGACUGUGAAGAACUUGCCAGCAGAACUGUAGAGUAUCAGGAUCCAAGGUGCUACUUUUGUUCUUCUCAUACUCUCCAUUCCUCUCUCAUUUCUCUCAUCGAGAGGAGGUUCUUGAGGUUCCAGCCAAAACCGAAGGCCGUCGGACCCCGUGAGGGACACGGUAGUCAGAGGUAACCAUGACAAACCCUUGCAAUGUCGUUCUGGAAAUUCUGGGGAUGCUGAUUGGGAUGGGGGGCUGGUUUUGUUCCCUGGCGGCCACCGUCAUGCCUCAGUGGCUGUCACUUUCUACUGAACUAAUGGCCUUGGAGAGCUUCGAACAAGGGCUUUGGGAGUCCUGCGUGUUUCAUGAGGUAGUUGGCACGGAAUGCCGCCCUUAUGACACUAUCCUAGGCCUCGAACCCACUUGGAUGUUGGCCCGUAUUCUGAUGUGCCUGUCGGAUGCCACGUGUCUUCUCGGACUGCUCCUCGCAAUCCCUGCCAUGAGUCAGAUCAAUUGCUGUAAGAGUGAGGAAGGGCGACGGACCAAGCGAGGUUUGAAGAUCACGGCGGCUGUGUUUUUAUGCAUGGCUGGAUUGUUGGUGCUCGCUCCCGUUUCCUACAUCGCUCAUGAUGCUGUCGUGAAGUACUUCGAUGAGACCACACCUCACGUGGUGUCACGUUCAGAGUUUGGGGACGCGCUGUUCAUCGGCUGGGCUGCAGGACUUCUUGACAUUGUGGCAGGCGUCCUGUUUUUCACCUCUUGUACUGACUCAAGAUACAGUGAACCACAUCUGGUGUAUCACCAUCAAAGGCCGGACAUCAGAACUGUUGAUGGUUCGAGAAAACGCACUGAGUAUGUUUGAGAUGAUCCUCACUGUCCUGAAAUGACUGUUAAUGUUGAUGGGGCAGGACAAAAAACUUUUUGACUUGAUCUUUUAAUCAUUUUUUUCCCUCUGGAAAAUGUUUAUACUUACGUUCAAUGCAUACAUCAAUCAAACCCAUGAAACAGGUAAAGCAAUAUUAUGAUGCAUUUAUCCUUCAGUAUCUGAGUAUACUGUUUAAUUACGUCUUAUCAUCAGUAAAGUCUUAAUAUUAAAAGGUUGCCGAUAUGUUUUCAGUUCAUUUAAUAGAGAUAGUGAUUGAAACAAGUGGCAAUAAUAACAUUUUUCUUCCCAUUUUGUGGAAAUGUAUUCACAAAUAUUGUCUUAGAUGAUUUUGAAAGUAUGUCCUCAACCUAUUUGUUUUGUUACAAUAUUAUACAUCUAGUACAGAAAAGCAUAACAAUAACACUUUGGACUUCUUAUUUCUGCAUGCAUUUGUACACUGUACAUGUAGUACUCAAUGUCACUUGCAAAAGUAACUCAUUGUUUGGAGAUCAAGUAAAUAGCACCUGGAAACCAGCUGGUGCUAAUCCAGAAUACUGUCCACUUUAGUAAGAAAUACAUAAGAUGCUGACUGAAUGCCCUAUAUGGGGCAAUUGUAACGUUUUCAUAAAGUGAAAUCUAUUCAGUAAUGUAGUAAUGAAGUUUAUUAAUAUAAUUUUGUUUUUAUUAAUGUACUAGUGUUAGGUAUUAAUGUACUAGUGUUAGGUUAGGUAGUGUAACGGUUCAAAUUACUCACGGUUUUAGGGUCACGGUUUCGGUACGGUUUGGUAUGUGCUAUGUUCAGGGAAAAAAGGACUACUGUCAAAUAAAAAUAUGGAAAAUAAGAACAAAUAAUCAAACUUCAAGCAACAGCACAAAUAAAUAUAACAGAGCAAAGAUACAAAUAAAAUAAGCAGUGUUUUUCAGGCUAUUUAGGUAUCUAACAGUUAUCAGGUUCAGAAAUUGUAAUCAAGUGUAAAAUAACAUUGAAUAUAACCUUCACUUUGUAAAAUAAAAAAGAAUGAAUCAUUAUUAAAGUUACAAAUGCUAUUUAGUCAAGAAAAGUGAGUGAUUUCCUUGUCUUUUGUUGUUUGAUUAACAUUAAAAACACAGACAGCAGGAAUAUUAGGCUGCUGUCACUUUAAGACAUAAUCAUUACGUUGUAGGACCUCCCCGUUUACACUAGUGCAUUUUCAUUUUAAAACGCAUAACUGUUUCUACGGUUACGCCUGUCAUUUACACUACUCCAGCUUUUUCGACCCUCAAAGACUUUCGAAAACUCUACACAACCCGUUUAGUUUGAAAACGCAGGGGUUGUGUUUCAGUGUAAACAGUCAAAAACGGAGACUUUUGAUAACAAUGGCGUGGCUGCCCACGUUCGCUCUGCGUAUCCUUGACGACCGUGUAAACAAUAACAUGGAGACUGAACUGCAAUCUUUGCUGGCUUUGUUGUAAUUUUUAGCAGCCAUUGUGCAGUUAAGCUCUGCAUUUUUUUUUAAUACUGUAGCUGCCUACAUGUGCAAGAGGCAACUGUUUACACUUGUAUGUGCAUGUCCAGUGUGCAUGAACGGUCAUGUGACAUGCGCUUUCGGUCGUGUAGUGUAGACGGAGAUCGUUUCUGAAACGCUGUGGAAAUGCCAGUGUAGACGAGGAUCGUUUUCAUUUUAAAACGCUGUUUUA